AACUCAUGAAAUGGAUAUUAAAUUGGGUAUAGUUGCUCCAGACGAAUUGAAAGAUCCCGAAUCAAAUAACCAUAAAGACGAAGAUGAGAAAAGGAAGAAAUUGCAUUUAGUAAAUAUACCACAUUUUAAAGAUGCGAUAAUUAUGUCAACUGUUUGCGAUUCAUGCGUGUAUAAAUCAAAUGAGGUAAAAUCAGGAAGUAUGAUAUCAGAAAAGGGAAAAAGAAUCAAGUUAAAAAUAUUAGAUCUAGAGGAUAUGUCAAGAGAAAUAUUAAAAUCAGAAACGUGUGGAUUAUCAAUACCCGAAAUAGAAUUGGAGUUGUUGUCUGGUACUUUAGGUGGUAGAUUUACAACGGUUGAAGGAUUGCUAAGACAAAUUUAUGAUCAAUUAGAGGGAACGACGCCAUUUAUUAGUGGUGAUAAGGUUAAAGACGAAAAACUGCUUAACCAUAACGCAGAAGGCACAGUUGCCGUUCUUAAAGCAAAAGGAGCUUUAAUAACACUCAAAACGAAUCGAGGACUCUCGGUUUUUAAUUCCGGCGAUGUUAAUUAUAAAACUUGGUCGGAUUAUGGAAAGAAAAUUUACAAGUAUCUUACUAGUAUUAACGACGAUGUAAGAUUAGAAAGCGAACAAAGUGAUACUAUUUAUUUGGAAGCUCACGAUAAACAUAGUUAUUAUGGUGAUACUAUUGUAUGGACAUGUCAAGGCUCAAUCACAGUUACAGAUAUACGCACUAGUAGUUCAGGAUACGAAACAAAAUUCAAGGGAAGGUCAGUUAUGAAAAUAUUGAUAGUAGAUUCUAAUAAAAUGAAAAUGUUGGAACAAACAGCUGGGAGUGAUAUGCAAAAUGCAAAAAGGAAAGUUGAUUCGGAAACUAAAAGAUUGACUUGGGGCUAA